AUGGAGAGAAAAUUAGUUGACAAUGAGCAAGCUAUUGAUAUAUCAAAUAGCAAAUUAAUUAAGUCCAAGAAAUCCAAAAAAGAGUUACCAAGAAAUGAGGCUUUAUCUGAAGUCAGUAAGAUUCCAAAUGAGGAAAAUAUAUCUAAGAAAAAAAAGCACAAGAAAAAAGAUUCUGAAGAGUUAGCAGAAAAUGAAGAAAAGUUAUCAGCAGUAGAUGAGGAGGCUGUAUCUGAAAUUAGUAAAAUUCCAAAUGAAGAAAAUAGAUCUAAGAAAAAGAAACACAAGAAAAAACAUUCUGAAGAGUUUGCAGAAAAUGAAGACGAGUUACCAGCAGUAGAUGAGGCUUUAUCUGAAAUUAGUAAUAUUCAAAAUGAAGAAAAUAUAUCUAAGAAAAGAAAGCACAAGAAACAACAUUCUGAAGAGUUUGCAGAAAAUGAAGACGAGUUACCAGGAGUAGAUGAGGCUUUAUCUGAAGUUAGUAAUAUUCAAAAUGAAGAAAAUAGAUCUAAGAAAAAAAAGCACAAGAAAAAACAUUCUGAAGAGUUUGCAGAAAAUGAAGACGAAUUACCAGCAGAUGAGGUUUUAUCAGAAGUUAGUAAUAUUCAAAAUGAAGAAAAUAGAUCUAAGAAAAAGAAGCACAAGAAAAAACAUUCUGAAGAGUUUGCAGAAAAUGAAGACAAGUUACCAGCAAUAGAUGAGGCUUUAUCUGAAGUUAGUAAUAUUCAAAAUGAAGAAAAUAGAUCUAAGAAAAAAAAGCACAAGAAAAAACAUUCUGAAGAGUUUGCAGAAAAUGAAGACAGUGUCAAAGAGAAAACUUAA